ACUUUGGAAAGCAAACACUUCUCAACUUCAUCUCUCAAAAAGCUAAGGAUCAAAGUCUUCCAUCAAUUCCUUCAUGAAGUUCUUCUGUCUCUUCAUCUUUCUCUCUCUUCAAACUCCAUUGAUGGUCAUUGGAGAUAGAAGGUUGAUAGAAAGCACGUGCAAGGCCACACCCUCUUACAGUUUAUGCCUUUCAACUCUCUUGUCGAACCCAAAGAGCUCAAGUGGCGAUGUUAGUGACUUGGGACUCAUCAUGGUUGGUGCAACCAAGGUUAAGGCAACCCAAGCCAUACAACACAUCAAGACUCUUUACAGGGUUCAUCCUGAGCUGAGACACUCGUUAAACGAGUGCUCUCAGGUGUAUAUGGCUGUGGUGAAGGCGGAUGUGCCUUCAGCUGUUCAGGCUUUAGAUGGUGGGCAACCCAAGUUUGCUGAGGAUGGGAUGGCUGAUACCGCCGUAGAGGCUCAAGCUUGUGAGAGGAGUUUUAGUGGGCGUGGUCAGAAGUCACCGUUAACGCAGAUGAAUAAAGACAUUGAGAACGUUGCUAAUGUUGCUAGAGCUAUUAUUAGGAUGUUAUUAUAAAUUUUGUAAUAUCGUAUUCCGUUAAAAACAUGUUUUUUACGGAUACGUUUUAUUUGUUUCGUACUCUUAACAAAAACGUAUACGAUAUGUGUUAAUCAA